UUUCAUGCGCCUCCCUCUCUGGUCUGAUGGGGAUGGCGGGGCGGCAAUAACGAGUUAGGUGAAAAGUUUCACCCCAGCCACGACAGAGAGGCGGUGCGAUGUCCGGGGUUCUCACAGACGGAAGUGCAGCUCUGCAGCGUAACACCGAGCCUCGACAAUGCUGCGUAAACAGUGUCAUUCGCGACUCAAACGUCUGGGUAUUAACCGCCCGGAAAAGCGGUGCCACCUCUCUUUCACUCAAAACCGAGUCAGCAGCUUUGUGACGGCCACCGUGUCCCCGAACAUGUCGGCUGUCAACCAACUCCCGUGUGUCCGCUGCGUCGUCCUUCCACCUCCGAGGAGCAUGGAGAAGUCGCUAUGGAGAGGCGGGCGAGCUGCACUGGAGGUUACGCGUGUGUCCGCGGUGACACAGAUGUCCGCACGAGAGCUGAGUACCUCCAUCAAAGCCCCCCAGUAUCUGAAACCAGAUGUGCCGAGGUCUGAAAGCGGGAAGCUGUUUUUUGAUACCCAUGCAGUGGUGCGACUCUUUGAGGAAAAUGGCUUCACGACUCAGCAAGCCGAGGUGAUAGUUAAAGUGCUGCUGAGGAUGACAAAGUCGAACAUGGACGUCAUCUACAAUGACAUGGUCACCAAAGUGCAGCAGGAGAUCAUGUUGCAGCGUGUGAUGUCUCAAAUAGCAGCCGUGAAGAAGGACAUGAUCAUCCUUGAGAAGAGCGAGUUCACUACUCUACUGGCAGAGAACGAGAAACUCAAGAUCCAGUUAUUGCAGUUCAAGGUCCAACUGGCUGACGUCAUGAAUAAAAUGCGCUCUGACACUAUCAUGGACCUGAGUUUGGAGAAAAGUCGUGCAAAAGAAUUGAAAGUAGAUAAUGAGAAGAGGCUUCUAGAAACGCGAACUGAGAUUAUGGAAAUGACGGCAGAGCAAGAUCGUCAUUUAUCUCAGACCAACAUGAAAAUAGACACCGAAUUGGCUGGUUUGAAAACCAUGUUAGAAUCUCAUAAACUGGAUACUAUAAAGUACCUUGCAGGUUCAGUGUUCACCUGUCUCACAGUGGUCUUGGGUUUCUAUCGAAUUUGGAUGUAAGGCAGGACAGCCAUUGUGAUUUUCACCUUUCAAAUCUCCCAGAUCUAACAAUAGUCAGAGACCAUGCCCCCCCCACACUUUUAAAAGUAUUUAUUUUGUACGUAUAUAUCACACUGUAUAGAGAAGAUCAGAAGAAGAAUGGGUCACUGUGGGUCACACCUAGAUACAUGUUAAAUAUUUGUGAUAAUAUAGCUAUCUUUAUGCUUUGUGGUCUCAGAAAUGUUUAACAUGAUUGCUUAAUUUAUGUUUUAAUUAAAUUAAUUGUCAAUAAAUGUCAAAUGAAGUGUCUCUUUCGAUUGAUAAUUGUGUGUAAAGAUAUAUUUGAUUGUACUGUUGUUUGGAACUGGCAAUCACUGUGCUGUAAGUCUUAUGUAAACCCAUGUUAAUUUACUGUAAUUGAUAAUCCAUAAUGUAGUCUAACAAAAAUAUGGGACUUCUGUGUACUGCAACUCCGUGAUUUGGUAAUGUCGUUUAGUUAAAGGUGUGAUAGUAAUAGUUUUCUAAUGAUGUCAGUGGUUUGUCGCGGAGAAAUAGGAGUUGUCUUGAGGGAAAUGCUAGGAAAAUAAACAACUGAUGAGGCACGUCA